AUGAGCGGACUCGCAGACUUGAUCCAGUCCUUGGCGGACGCGGUCAAGACCCACGACAUGCCAUCACUAACGGUGCUACUCACCGGCAGUGUGGCCCUUCUCGUGAUAGUAACAUUCAUUCGAUCGGCGUCAAAACCCAAAUCAGCCCACCCCGUCAUUAAUGAGCCCAGUUCGUGGUACUCGAUUGCUCAUAAGAAAGACUACUUCUUCAACGCCCGGAAGCUUCUAGUCGAAGGCACCAAGAAAUUUGACGGCCCGUUCAACAUAAACACCGAAAAUGGCUCGGUUCUGAUGCUGCCUCCGGAGCAACUCGAUCUUGUCAAUGCCGAGCCCAAGUUGAGCUUCGAGAAAUAUGCGACCACGGCAUGUCUCUCCUUGCUAAUUUUAUAUGCUCACUUCAACUCCGAAUUGGAGUCGUUCCGGACCUUCCGUGCUCCUCCAUCGCACAUGCUCACAGACGCCGUGAUGAAGGGCUUGACUCGUGCUCUCCCCAAAUUCACCCGCGAGUUAUCCACCAAGAUGAAGGAGUGCUUGGAGAGCUCAUGGGGCGACAAUACCGAAUGGCGCGAAGUCGAUCCCAAGGCCGAGCUCCAAGAAUGGGUCGCACGUCUUUCGUCACGCAUUUUCCUUGGGCCUCGCUUCUCCGAAGACGACGACUGGUGCCGGAUCGCCGUCUCUUUCACAGUCGAUGUCUUCACUGCGUCUAUGAUCUGCGGUUUCUUCCCUUGGCCUCUCAAAUAUCUUGUCGAGCGGUUCCUCCCUCUCUGUCGCAAGGUCCGCCGCGACCGUCGUGAGUGCGCAAAGAAGCUGAUCCCUGUCCUCAAAGAACGCAAUGCUAUCGUCGCGAAAGCAGAGCGUGAGGGCAAAAAGCCCGAUGUCCCGAACGAUGCUAUUGAAUGGUUCCGUGCAUCUUCCAAAGGCCGGAUUUACGAUGAAGUCGAUAUCCAGAUCACGCUUCAAGUCGCUGCAAUUCACACCACCAGUGAUUUGCUCACCCAAACCGUCCUCAACCUCUGCGCUCACCCUGAACUCUUCGCCCCGUUGAGGGAGGAGGCAGUGAUCGUGCUACGGAAAUACGGCUGGCAGAAACUUGCAUUAACCGAGCUUCGUCUUCUCGACAGCGUGUUCAAGGAGACGCAACGCCUCAAGCCUGUUACUAUGGCGUCUAUGCACCGUGAAGCUCUCGCAGAUGUGAAGCUAGCCAAUGGUAUCCUCAUCCGCAAGGGCGAGCAUCUUGGGAUUUUCUCACGUAACAUGUGGAACGGAGAUAUUUACGAAAACCCCGAGAAAUUCGACGGAUUUCGCUUCCUCAAACGAAGAGAGAUCCCUGGGCAAGAGAACCGCAGCCUUCUUGUAUCUACUAGCCCUGAUCACCUCGGAUUCGCGCAUGGAGUGCACGCCUGUCCAGGAAGAUUCUUCGCCGCCAACGAAGUCAAGAUCAUGCUGGUCCAUAUGAUCAUGAAGUAUGACAUGAAGAUGGAAGAUCCCAGGCAGGCCAAGUGGCAGGAGUUCGGGAUCGGUAUGGUCACAAAUUCCAAGGCGAGGAUUAUGAUCCGGAAGCGGACGCCGGAGAUUGAUAUCGAUAAUCUGGAGUUUGACUAAUGGGAUGGUAAUCUGCUGUUAUUUCACGCCACGAUCUAGCUGCAGAUCUUGAUAAUGGAACGAAUCGAGACCAGGCGGGAACGGCUGACGCUCGUUGUGGUAGCCUGUGAUAGCCGAGGGUACACGAAGGUUGUGAGCUUGAUAAGUUGGCAAAUCCUUGAUCAAUACAAUGGCCACUUGUCACCUGUCUCUAUAAUUGGACCAGUUAUAAUCCUGCCUAUGAAUGGCUAACUAGGACUGCGGAUCACCUAAAAGAACUCAUACAAGCUGUGGAAUUGAGCGUCUCGUAGUCGGGCGAUGUUAGACGAAAGAUUCAUAGUUCGAUGUAUCUCAUAGAGCUGGUACAUCACUUUGCCGCUGCAAGGGCAGGGAGCUGGUCACGGAUCUUAAGCCGAGU